CAUUUUGACAGGGAUUGAACUCACGUAUGAAGCCACUGCACGAAAGCAUCUGCCGUCGCGGAACAAGCAGCAUGCACACACGUGAAGUGAAUAAAAGCUCACAGAUACAGAUCACGCUAUGAACAAACCCGUCGGCGGCCCACUGGCCGGCCGGCCGGGUACGGUCGAAUGGGACGGACACAAAAACGAAUGUAUAGACACGCAAAUGAUGCCCUUAAAUGCACGCACAGGGAUACAAACAGCCGUCCUGUGUUGCCGAUCAUGUGGCUGUUCGGAUGCCGUCGACGGUGCUGGCGUAGUGGGCCUCCUGAUUGCACAUCGGGCACUUGAGCUGGGCGUCCCGGGCGACGUCAUCAGGCACUCGCCGCUGCAGGGCCUCCAGCCGCGCCUUCUCCCUCUUGGCCGCAUCGUGGGCCGCCGCCAUCUCACGCCAGCAACCCUCACACAGACACUUCUGCACACACACACACACAAUGAAGUCAAUGAGAUGUCAUUCUGUGUGUGGUCGCUGACCUGCAGACACGGGAAGAAGACCACGGUCGGCCGCUUGGAGAUGCACAUGACGCAGGUGCCCUCCCCGCCAUCGCCAGAGGCAGCGGCAGCGGCAGCCGUCUCCUCCUUCUCGAGUGCAGCAUGACGCACAGCGGCCUCUUUGGACAGCUCUCGCAGCUCUUGAUUGGCCUUCUUGAUGUCGCGCUUGAAGGCGUCCACCGCUGCGAUGCUCGUGAGCGACUCGAGACGAGUAGGGGUCAGCCUGACGACGGGCAAGCAAACAGACAGAGGGAGAGGCGCAUGACGGCCCGUCUGUGUGUGUCUGUGGGCCUUUGGUUACCGUUUGUUUGCCUCUUGCUGCAGUGUGUGGUGCUCUUGCUCGAGUGUCUGGAGGGCCGCCUCGGCCUUGAUGUGCUCCUCCGUCAUCCGAGAGAUGUCACACUCCAACCUGACACACACACACACACACACACGUGUGCAGGGGUAUGGCUGCUGGUUGGCAUAGGGAGCGCUCUGUCUUACUGGUCUAUGUCACAUUGGGUGUGCUCUGUGGCCUCGAGCAGCUGCUCCUCAGUCGACGACUCGUUCAGCAACACACUCAUCUCAUGACACACUGGCACGCCACACCUGAUUGACGCACACACAACGGAGCUAUCACACCAAUGGAAUGAAGAUGGCAGUCCCUCUCUCCCCAUCCUACCCGUCUGCAGAGGAGGAAGCAGCAGCAGCGGCAGCGGCCGGGGCGUUCUGUUGCUCGGCUGCGGGUGCCUUCUUGGCUUUGAGUGCGCCGCUCUGCAGCUGGUUGGCACGCCGCUCUGCGGCUACGAGCAGCUCGUCGAGCCGCUCCUCCUCGCGGCUGAUCUUGGCCUCCAGCUCACGCACUUCAGCAGCAGUGGACAAGGAUGCCAACACAUCCUGGCUCAGACUGCAUCAACAGCACACAGAACAGAGCCGCUGUGUGGGCCCUCUCCUUGUGUGUAUCGCUCACUUGGGUGUGACGUAUCUGAGUCGUCGUAUGUUUGUCUUGAGCUCCUUGACGCGGUCGGUCGCCCGCCGACGGGCCUCAAGCACAUCGCCGUACUGAGCCUCCAGACUGCUCACAGGCAUGGACGAUACACAGACCAACACGCGACAGUGUGGCUGCGUCAAACACAUACACGGCCGUGUGGUGUCCGUCUGACCUCUCCUUCUUGUCGAUGGCGUCAUUCAGCUCAGCCCGCAGCUGAGCCACGCCAUCAGCCGGAGGGAAGCUGCACACACAUUGGCCACACUGUCAGCGAAAGGCCACACAGCGGACCGAUUGUGUCUGCUGCCUUACUCAUCCGGUCGGGUUGACGGCUGGGCUGUGGAGGGCCGGUCGGCCGGUGUGGUGCUGACCGUCGAUGGGACCGGCGGGUCGACAAACGAUGACCUGAUGGAUGGAUGGAUCACACACACAACACGGCACCAUCAGUUGAGUCCAUGUGGUUAAGGGCCCUCUGUGUGACUUACGAUGAGCUGAGCGGCUGGUAGUAAGGGUCAGCCAACAAGUGGCUGGCCGGUGCGCCAUCAGCAGGCCGGAGGGCGGUGGAGGGAAUGGGCGGGGGGCCCAUGUCAUCCGGAGGCUCAUGGCUAAGGAGAUGUUGCUGCUGGUGGUCACUCGGGGCGUCAAACAGGGCCGGCUCGACACUGCAGACCACACAAGUACAGAUGUGUCGACGUGAAGGUGUCGGCGGGCCUGUCUGUACCUGUCGUCAUGUGUGUCUGGCGGGCAGCUCGGCGUAGCAGCUUCAUCCGUCGCAUCAUCUACCUCUUGAGUCUCGUGCUGUGUGUUGUUACCACCCUCAGUCUCCCCACUGGCUGGCUCGGCCUCUGCUUGCUGAGCCGCUGCCGUCAAACGCUAAAGGCAAUGACACACACAAAAAUGUCAGGUGUCAUGGCUUCAUGUGCAGGUCUCCGUGAGAGCAGCAGUACCUUGAGUCUCUUCUGUUCUCGUUUCCUGGCCGCCCUCUCCUCCUUCUCACGCUCCAUCUUCUUCUCACGCAGCAGCUCGGCCUCGGCAGCCUUCCGACGCGACUCGAGAUGAGCAACCAACACAUCCACACACAACUGACCAUACAACAGACAAGUAGACGGACAACCUGUCACUGGUGCGCCUUGAUGCCUGCUGGCUGACCUUACAGCCAAAGUUGCGUGCGACGUCGGGUGCUGUCAGCCGAACCUUGUUGACCGCCUCAGCGUCGACUCCCUUCGCGAGGAGCCACUCGAUCAUCCUAGACCACCCAUUGAUGGCCUCCAGGUGCAGCAGAGAGUUCCCCUGCCCGUCACGGCAGUGGAUGUUGAGCACGGACCCCUUCCUCCGCCCUCCCUUGCCCUUGGUCGGUGCGCUCCGCAUGAGACCGUGGCGAUCGAGCACCUCCAGGGUGGCCACUGCACGCGACUGCAGCGCCUUCUCCUUCGCCUCCCUUGUCGCUAUGCCAACCGCCUCCUCUUCUCCCCCCUCUUGCACUUGUGAAUCGGCACACUUGCCUUUGCUGGUGGCCUUCUUGCGGCUCUUGCGGCUGCUGACCUUGGGCUGUGGAGGGGGCUGGGAAGCUGUCACACAAGAGUCUCAACACGAGCUGAUCUGGCUCAAUCGAUCACUAAUUCACCUUCGGUAUCUUGGCUGUCUUGCGGCAGCUCCUCCGGUGCCCCGACGCAGGCCAGCUGAAGGAGAUUCAUGCCCGCAUGAAAGUCUCCCUCAGAGCGGACUGAUGGGUCGGCAUGCGGCUGCCGCAGAAGGAAGUCGAGGACCUCAGGAGCAUGCUCAAAGGCAGCGGCGCCUGAGGACCCGAAGUCAGAUUGGCAUCCAUCUGGCAUUCCUCCUCCUGUCUUGCCUUUCUCAAGGGGGCUCACCGACUGCAGAUGUAGACACUUCUUGUCCGCUCUGGCCAUUCUCAGCCACGAGGCCCAUCUCGUUGACGUCGGUAUUGUACUCGACCAACGACUGCACACAGUCAGACAGGCAGACGGACGCAUGAGGCGGCUAAGUGAUCUCAUGCAGCCUACUUGAGUGCCUACCUUCACGAUCUGCAGCACAGAGGGAGCAUCAUACGAGAUUGCCAGGAUCGCGUCGAUCAGCAAAGGCCUCCGCACAUAACCUGAGCCGGGACGGAUCUUCCUUGGCUCUGUUAUGUGGCUCUCCACUUACGUCCGAUGAGCCGCUCGCUCUCGAAGGGCUCGACGCUGGCGAGCGUUAGAUCACGCCAGUUGAGAAUCUCCCCGCUCGCCGUCCGCACCUGGCCCACCGGCAGCCCCUCGCUGCCGCCCUCGGUCGGCUUGAUGAAGUUAUCCCGCAGCAGUGCCUCGAGCGACCCAGCCGAGCCGUGGACAGCACAAGAGUGGAGGGCCUGCUUGAGCACGAGGCCGUUCAUGUAGGUGAUCAUGGGCUUGGGCAGCGAUGAGAGCGGGGAGUGGUCCUCCUUGAGAUCGACACGCUUGCGCCGCCCCUCUGGCGUCAGCAGGUCGUGUGCGCACGCCUCCCGCACCGCCCUCGCCGUGGCCUUCAUCUGCACCACUCCCUUGGUCGCCGCCUCGCGCAGCUCCUGCCUCUUCUUCUCUUGCGCCGUGGGUGGUGGUGGUGCCUGCACACUGCCGCCCUCCUCCAUCCCAACAGCUGCAGCUACCUGCAUCCAGCCAUCCAUCCAUGAAGAGAGUGUGAUGUGUGUAUGACCGUGUGUGUAUGUGGCGGUGCUUUGCUUGCCGUGGCCUUGGAGGAUCUCUUGCCGGCUGCGUGGCCCGGGUGGGCCGCGAGAUGCCUCAACAGCACGGCCUCGCACUCCUGCGAAACAUGCCAGAGCGUAUUCGCUGCCACAGCUCAUUGGACGCCAUUUCCUUAGCUGACCUUCCGGCCACACAUGCGUGCGAUGUCGAGUGGUGUUAGUAGCAUUCCGUCCCGGGCGUAGCUGUUGGUAGCCCCAGGGUCGGCCCCCUUCUGCAGUAGCCACUCGACCAGGCUGGGCCAGCCACGGAUGGCGGCAAGGUGCAGAGGCGUGUCGCCCUCCCGGUCCCUGCUGUUGAUGUCGAACAUGCCGCUCUCCUUCUCGCCGUGCUUGAUCAGUCCCUCCGCAUCAAGGACCUCUAUGGUGGCCACGGCCUGCCGCUGUUGCAUGUCCUCUCGCCCCGGUGCCGAUGUGUGUGUGGGUGUGUGUGGGGACGUCUCGGUACGCGGGCCCAGGCACACCAGCUGCAGCAGGUCAUAACGAUCGGGGACGCAGAGGCCUGACGUGUCAGGAAGCAAAGGCAGAACGUCAUGUGUCGAGAUGUGUGGUCUGUGUUACCUACCGUUUCCGCACUCAAAUCUCACGACUGACGGGACUGACGGGUCGGCACCUGCCUCACGCAGGAGGAAACGAAGGAGAUCAGGACGGUGCCAACUGGCAGCCGCACCUGCACACACACAGAAGGGGCAAAGGCACAGAGACAAUGCAGUGAGGCUGUGCUCUCGAGUCAUCUCCUCCUUUGCGGGUCAGUACCAGCUGCAGACGUGACGAGUGUGCGCCAAGAAGGGACAGGCCGUCGUGCAUUCACGUCGGCAUUGUACGCCAGCAGCGUCUGCAUAGCUCACAGACACAUAGAGGCUUCCAUUACACGCAACCAGCACGGCAAGCUCAGGGUGUACCUGCAUUAUCUCUACGGGUGCGUUGGCCACGGCCGCCUGCACAGGGAGGGGCGCCCUCGCAUACACUGAACAUGCAAACAGGCAGAAUCAGCACACACACAUGCAACAGGAGCCGGUCCGUCCGUCCGUCUGUCUGUCUGUCUGUCGUCUGUCUGUGUCGUUGUGCACCUUCUACAGCGACGGCAUUGAGGGGUUCGUCCAGGUACAUGAGCGACGAGUCGAGAGCAUCCAGUGACAGAUCGCUCCACUUGAGCACCCUCCCGUCACUCUUGGCCCGCACCUCACCCGCCCUCAGCUUCUUCUUGUCCUUCUCGGUCGGCUUGACGAGCGCCUCCCUCAGUAGCACCUCGAGCGACCCGACCGCCCCGUGGACCACACACGCCUGCAGGGCGUGGCGGAAGAGCAGCCCGUCCAUGAAGGACGGGUCGAGGUAGCAUGAGAUGGGCAGCUGGGAUAGCAGCGAGUGGCCCUUCUCCAGCUGCACAGUCUUGCGCCCCUCUGCCGGCACCAGCUCGUUUUCUCCGCACAGCUCCCGCACCGCCCGCACCAUGGCCUUCGUCUUCUGGCUGUUGUAGUUCAUCCUCCCGAGGCUCUCCUGCUGCUGUCCAUCCAGCCGCGCGAACAGGGGUGAUCCAUUGCCGGCAACGCCCUCCUUGCGCCCUGAGUGCCUCUCGUUGGCAUCGCCCCCGUCCUCACCAUCCGAUCCAUCGUCGCUGUGCGGCGGCCCGCGAGCCGUGUGCUUGGUGUCCGCCGAUGAUGUGGGCCCGUCGGGCGCGCUGAUGGUGCCGCCGAGAUGGGCCGGGAAGACGAAGGGCGACGAGCUGCCGACAAGGGAAGGGGCCUUGCCCUGCUGCUGGGGGAGGUCUCUGUCGUGCUGGGGCAAGAGAAGGCCUGGCUCUCGCUCAUCCUCCUCGUGUGAGUGGCUGGAGUGCGUCUUGGGUGCCGGCUGCCCCCGGACGGAGUGGAGCAGGUUGAUGUUCCCCUCCAGCAGAGCCGGUCGCUGCGUCGCCGUCGUCACACUCGCGGCCGAGGAAUGCACACCAGACGCGUCGUCUGUCUGCUCGCCGCCUUCCGUCUCAGCCAGCUCGUCCCUCUGCCGCACCAUCUUGCCCAUCGCCUGCCGCCUUGCCGGCCUGUCCAUCCCUGCUGUGUCCUUGCUGCCCAGCAGUGAGCUUGGGCUGUCGUCAUCCUCAGAGCUGUAAUCUCCCUCGAGCAGACCACCAUACCACGCUUCAGCCGAUGGCCAGGCCGCCGCAGAUGAGGACACACCCUUGGCCGUCGAAGGCUCGACAUCGACGGACGGCUCAUCAUCCUCCAGCCUGGGGCUGAGGAUCGGUCUACUGACGUCAGGGGCGUCCUGCUGGCGCCGAGAGGGAGCGGUGGGCAGUGAGAGCAGCUUGGUCGGUUGGUCCUCACUUGCUGGCGCUGGUGUGGGUUGAGAGGCUGGGGCGGGUGGAGGGGGCCCGGAUGGCUGGGAGGCGGGGCUGCAAAAAAGCAACUCUGCCUCCUCCUUGAGGCGCUCGUAUGCCUUCAUGACAACCUGCCAGCCGCCGGGUCCCUGUGAAGCGAACCUACCCACAGACAUCCACCACACACAUCAUGAGGCAUGCAUGCCCUGGUGGCUGACCUUGUGUUGUGCAUCAAUUUGUCUUCCUCACCGUGCUACGUAUUUCCAGCAGGCCUCCUCGAGCCUCUUUCUGCUCUCCGCGUCAGCACCGGCCGACACUAUCCGAUCCACAUGCUGAGUGACACACAGGACGGCUAGAGACUCAUUCCUGUCUGGUUGAUUCUUCGUGUGUGUCCCUACCGCUCCGACGUCAUGCAGGAGAAUCCGCGUUACGCUGAGCGCGUAAGUCUCGUCUAAUGAUGUGGUCAGGCGGUUGAGGGCCGAGACGGCCUCCUUCUUGGGCCGCAGGUAACGCCUACAUACAUGCACACACGCACACAUUCACAAAUCAGAUGAUGUGCAUAUCCGACGGUGUGCAUGGGAGCUGUGUGUGGUGUGGCCCACUUGCAGGCCUUCUCGAGGUCAUUGUCGCUCAUGGCAUGACAGCUGAUGGAGGUAGGGAUGUCCUCGAACGCUCGUCCAGCCUUGGCGGCCACCUUCUUGUGCUCGGCCUGUCGGCUGGGCCUCUCUUUGGCCUUCGGCAGUGGUGGCUGGGCUGGGGGAGGGGGCGUGGGAAGGGGCGUGGCCCUCUGCACGUCCGUCGACGCACAAGCUGCUGAGGGUGCUGUCGCUGCUGUGGGGGUUCCAUCUGAUGUAGUGGAACCACAAGCCCCGCUUGCAAGACACCCCGCUAGCGGAUCCAUCAUGGGACACGUCAGAGUCAAGCAGCUCCUCGACCGACACCAGCACGAUGGUCUUGGGAAGUCUGUCAAGGACCACUCCGCGAUCCAUCAGCUGGUCCAUCAGCAUCUGUGCGACUCUAGCAAUCUCCAUAAAGCGCCCGCCCGUUUCGUUAGCGCCCGCCUCAUCCUGCACCUGCUGGAUCGUCGCGCCGAUCGCCGCCUCCAAGUGCCUCUGCUCCUGUGGGGAUGGGCAUGUCGGCGGGGAGGGGUCGCCACUCUCGCACCCGUCGGCCAAACAAACACAGAGGGACUGCAUGAACGGACAUGCGGAAAGGGCAUGAUAAAAUGCGUGUGGUUGAUGUGUGCUUCCUUACCCCGUGUUUAUACAACCGAUGUGAGGAAGUGCUCAGCCCGAAUUUGUCGCUCCGCAGGCGAACACACAAGUAUCGGUGAUGGAGCAUGCGUUGCCUGAGGCCGGCAGCGACCUCGUGCUUCCACGCGCCACCAGGCCGACAAAUCGACUCAUUCGCCUGCUCGGCGAUCUCCGACACAAUCCAUGCUGCCUCGUCGGGAGGGACGAUGUUGCUAUGGUUGUCACGAGCGAGCAUGCGAUUGUACCCCUCCUCACUAACGCCGCACGCAUCUAGAGGAGUCUUCUCCUGACGCAGAUGGACGUCACAGACAUGUGGAUGCCUGUAUGUGUCCGUAUUGAUGUGUGUUCGCACCUUGAUAUCACUGUGCGGCGGCCCACGAGCCGUCUGCUUGGUGUCCGCCGAUGAUGUGGGCCCGUCGGGCGCGCCGAUUGUGCCGUCGAGAUGGGCCGGGAAGACGAAGGGCGACGAGCUGCCGACAAGGGCAGGGGCCUUACCCUGCUGCUGGGGGAGGUCUCUGUCGUGCUGGGGGAAGAAAAGGCCUGGCUCUUGCUCAUCCUCCUCGUGUGAGUCGCCGAGGUGCGUCUCGUCUGACGGCUUGGAGGAGUGGGGGUUCUUCUCCAGCAGGAUUCUCAACUCCUCCGAGAGGGAGUGGAGCAGGCUGAUGUUCCCCUGCUUCUGCACCUUGUCGGCACUAUCCUGGCUGCUGGUGGCACCCUUCUCGAGCCGCGAGUGCCGCUCCUUGCUGCCCUGACCGGCCUUGCUCUCAUCGUCAGACCCAUCGUCGUUGUAAGCCCGCCGGCGAGCCCGCCGCUGGGUGGCGCCUGAUGCCGAUGACGGCGGGAUGCCGAGGGUACUGUUGAGGUUGUUGCCGAAGAAGAGGGGCGAGCCCUGCUGGCCGAGGCAGUCGACCUCGCCCAGCUGUGAGGGGUCGCCAAAGUUGGGCAUCAUAUCUUGCUGCAGCUUCCUUUCUCGCUCCUUGUCCUCGUUUGAGUCGCUGAAGGUCGGUUUGGAGAAGUAGCGGUUCUGCUCGAUCUCUCCCUGACGCGACUGCAGCAGGCUGAGGUUCUCCUCAACCACGCUCAGCUGCCUUCGCCGUGCCGCAAUGUCCGCGGGGUCGCCUGGCUGCUCGUGGUCGUUUUCACCUUCACCACCUUCGUUGUCAUUGGCCUGAUUGUCGACAAUCCCGCCUCUGUCCCGCACCAUCUCGCGGAUCUUCUGGCGCAUCAUGACCUCGCUCAGUCCUGUCAGCUCCUUGUUGCCCAGCACCGAGUGGGGGCUGUCGUCCUCCUCAGAGCUGUGCCCGACAGCCAAACCCUCACACGCCCCUGAUGGAGCUGAUGGAGCCGAACCAAACUCCACGGGGCCAGCCAUGGCCUGUGCGGCCAGGCCCUGAGCCAGAUUGCGGCUGAGAAAGGCUCUGCCAGGGGUCGGGCCACCACCACCCUGCUGCUGCUGCUGCUGCUGUUGCUGCUGCUGCUUGAGGCGAGUGCUGCUGGCCUGUGGUGGGGCGGGGCGGCUGGGUUGGCGGCUCGAGAGGUCUGCAUCGUCAUCGCUGUCCUCUCUGCCGGCACCGACGCGAUCUGCGUUGGUUCCCGCCUGAUGAAUUCAGUCGAUCAACCAGCCAACCAACCAGUGACAGGCAUGCAGAGGUGUGUGUGCGUGUGCGUGCAUCUGGAUUUCUGCAUCUGUCUGUCUGUGUGUCUGUCUGUCUGUCUGUCUGUCGUGUCAUGAUUACCGACCUGGCUGUUCUGAAUUAUCUUCCCCACCCAGUCGUUCACAGCCUUCUUCUGUAGAGUGUCCUCUUCCUGUUGGGUCCCCUCGGUCGCCGAUCUCAUGCUCACCGGUUGCCCUUCCAAAUCCCGCUUCACAUCCCGCUCCCUCCCGCCUUCCCUGCGACUUGACGCCACGUGGCUCCUGCUCCCGCUCGCAACCCGGCGGCUCCCUGACGCCUCCUGACCUGGUCGUCUCGCCCGCAGGUAGUCGCCCUCCCUGACAGGCAGAGACUCCUCCUCAUUCUUGUCCUCGUAGAGAGCCUUCCUGGUGCUGCCGGUCAGGCCUUUGCGCAGGUUCUCGGAGAAUGAUGAUGUGCUCAUCGGCAGAAUGCGGUCCUGCUGCUUCUGCACCUUCUCGGGGUUCUCUUCCUGUUGGUUCCCCUCGGUCGCCGAUCUCAUGCUCACAGGCUGCCCCUCCACAUCCCGCUUCACACCCCUCUCCCUCUCGCUGCGACUCGACGCCACGUGGCUCCUGCUCCCGCCUGCAACCCGGCGGCUCCCUGACGCCUCCUGACCUGGUCGGCCCACUCGCAGGUUGUCGCCCUCUCUGACGGGCGGAGGCUCCUCCUCAUUCUUGUCCUCGUACAGCGCCCUCCUGGUGCUGCCGGUGAGGCCUUUGCGCAGGUUCUCGAAGAAUGAUGAUGUGCUCACCGGGUCAGCACCCUGCACGCUGUAUCCAUCUGACGCAGAGAGUGUGUUGGAGCAGACCUGCUGCACACACACGACAACAUCAUGCAUGGUGUGCGAUGACAACAUCUUGCUUUCCCGCCUUCUCGCGUUUGUUUUGCACACUGACCUGCUGCCUGGUCCGAGUGUUUUGGCCUCCACUGCCCGGCUCCACGUGUGGCCGCACCGCUCCCUCCCUCUCGGUGUGAGCAGCAGCCGCUGGGCGCCCGCUGCCAGCCAGGCCUCGCUGCUGCUUGAAGUCGCUCAUCACUCUGACGCGGGACUCGCGGCGGGAGAAUGCUCACGGCGAGCGAGAUCCGAUGAGGUGCAGAGUCAUCUGAGCUUCUCGACGAAACUUCACGAUCAGAUCUACUGAAUACAGACUGCUUCUCUCACGUGGUGCAUCCCUACAGCCCCUUUGGG